UUUUGUGUAUUUGUGUGUUUGAUUCGUUUCCUUCUCUCCACGGUAGCAGCGGCAACGGCAUCAACAGCAGCAGCAGCAGCAGCAGCAUCACUUCAGUUUUGGAAGAGAAGUGGAAAAAGAAAAAAAGGAAACAAAGCUAUCGCGUUAUCGAGCAUUCAAAAUGGCUGUGGGAACAGUUCUCGUCACCGGUGGUACUGGCUACAUUGGCUCCUUCACCACCCUCGCCCUCCUCGACAACGGCUACGAUGUCGUCAUUGUCGAUAGUCUCCUCAAUUCGUCCAAGGCCGCCUUAGACCGCAUCGAGCUUAUCUGCGGCAAGCGUCCCACCUUCUACCAGGUCGACAUCACAGAUGAGGCCGGCCUCGACGAUGUGUUUUCCAAGCACCCCGACAUCGACAGCGUCAUUCACUUUGCCGCCCUCAAGGCCGUUGGCGAGUCUGGCGAAAUCCCACUGGAGUACUACCGUGUCAAUGUCGGCGGCAGCAUCACCCUGCUCCGCUCUAUGGCCAAGCACAAUGUCUCCAACAUUGUCUUCUCGUCCUCCGCCACUGUUUAUGGUGAUGCCACCCGUAUCCCUGGCAUGAUCCCCAUUCCCGAGAACUGCCCUAUUGGCCCCACCAACACAUAUGGUCAUACAAAGGUGAUGAUCGAGACCGUCAUCAGCGACCAUAUUGAAGCCGAAAGGAGGAAGGCCAAAAAGGCGGGCAAGCCCUUCGAACAGUGGAACGGCGCUUUGCUCCGCUACUUCAACCCUUGCGGUGCUCAUCCCAGCGGUAUCAUGGGCGAGGACCCUCAAGGUGUUCCUUACAACCUCCUGCCUUUGCUUGGCAAGGUAGCGACUGGGGAGAGGGACAAGCUUUUGGUAUUCGGUGACGACUACGCCUCCAAGGAUGGCACUGCGAUUCGCGACUAUAUCCAUGUCCUUGACCUUGCCAGCGGUCAUCUCGCCGCCCUCAACUACCUCCGCGAAAAGAAGCCUGGUGUCAAGGCCUGGAACCUUGGCUCCGGUCGUGGCAGCACAGUCUUCGAGAUGAUCAAGGCUUUCAGCAAGGUUGUCGGUCGUGACCUGCCCUACCAGGUUGUCGAUAGGAGACUCGGCGAUGUGUUGGAUCUGACUGCCAACCCCGCGCUUGCCAACGAGGAGCUCCAGUGGAAGACAAAGCUCACCCUGGAGGACGCAUGCGCCGAUCUAUGGCGCUGGGUGGAGAACAACCCCAAGGGUUACCGACAAGAUCCGCCGGCCGAGCUCUUGGAGAAGCUCAAGGCCAGCAAGGCCGUCAAGAACUAAAAGGGGCUCUCGGGCUCUUCACUGCUUUACGACCACCCUUUUCUUCUUCGG